UUAUUUAGACUGGACUUUAUGAGUUCAGACAAAAGCUCGUGCUCUGGCUGCUAGCUGCUGUAAGUUAGCUCGUGGGAUAAAGCCAGAAAUAACUAAACGCAAGUCUCGUGCCAGAUAACUGAUAUUAGAUCAUCGCGAGACCCUCAGUCUGGAGUUUUGUUGAGUUUUGUUUUCUUUCCUUGGACUUCCCUUUGAUGUACGUGCUGUCUUGAGAUGUGGCCUGCGUUUGUUUGACGAUCAUGGGAGGAUGCGUGGGGCGCGAGCGCGCGGAGUCACGCGGAGCGAGGACGCAGAGGAAACGUGGAGGUCGCAACGAGCCCCUGAAGAAAGACAAGCUGAAGUGGAAGAGCGAUUACCCAAUGACGGAGGGGCAGCUGCGCAGUAAGAGAGAUGAGUUCUGGGACACGGCUCCGGCGUUUGAGGGCCGCAAGGAGAUCUGGGACGCCCUAAAAGCUGCCGCCGUGGCUCUGGAGUGUAGCGAUCACGAGCUGGCUCAGGCUAUAGUGGACGGAGCCAACAUCACGUUACCACAUGGAUCCCUGACCGAGUGUUACGAUGAACUCGGAAACCGUUACCAGCUGCCGGUUUAUUGCCUGGCCCCGCCUGUCAAUCUGAUAUCAGAAAGAAGUGAUGAAGACCUGUCGGAUAACCCUGAGCCCCAGACGGCACCGAAGAAAGAGUUCCAGCUGAAGGUUCGGCUCUCCACCGGCAAAGACCUGCGCCUGAACGCCAGCAUGACGGACUCCAUCGGCCUGCUAAAGAAGCAACUGCAAGCUCAGGAGGACAUUGACCUGGCCCACCAGCGCUGGUUCUUCUCCGGAAAACUCCUGACAGACAAGACCCGCCUGCAGGACACCAAGAUCCAGAAGGACUUUGUUAUCCAGGUCAUCGUGAACCAACUGACACCAAACCCCUGAAGCGCAACUGCAAAGA